UUGUAUGUGCGUGUGUGUGUGGGCUUUUGGGGUUAUGUCUGUGUGUAUGUCUGUGUCUGUGUGUGUGUGUGUGUGUGUGUGUGUGUGUGUGUGUGUGUGUGUGUGUGUGUGUGUGUGUGUGUGUGUGUGUGUGUGUGUGUGUGUGCGUGUGUGUGCGUGUGUGUGUGUGUGUGUGUGUGUGUGUGUGUGUGCCCGGAAGUCAUGAGUGUGUGGAAGCCUUCCUACUGGCUCCAGGGGGGGCGGGAGUCCCCUAGGCUGGUCCUGGUGGUGGUGUGUGUGGCCCUGCUGCUGGACAACAUGUUGCUGACUGUAGUGGUGCCGAUCAUUCCCACAUUUCUCUACGCCCUGGACCAUACCGGUUCACCCCCUCAGAUCACCAAGCCCACGCCGCUCCUCCAGCCCAGCCACAGUGCACCUCUCCAGGGUUCACAAUCCCAGCAGGCGUCACAGGUCCUGGAGCCUACAUCGUUCUCAGCGGUGUCCCUGGAGGAAGACUCCCCCCUCCCGUCCAUACCAGCUCCCGGAAACACAAACCAGUCUGACAGCAACACAACCCUGGCCGGCUCCUGUCUGCAGGACAGUUUGUUCCUGGAGGAGGAGAACGUCCGCGUGGGUCUCCUGUUUGCUUCUAAAGCUGUGGUCCAGCUCCUGGUUAACCCCUUCAUCGGACCGCUGACUAACAGGAUUGGAUAUCAUAUCCCAAUGUUCGCUGGGUUCAUCAUCAUGUUUCUCUCCACAAUUCUGUUUGCCUUCUCAGGUUCCUAUGCACUGUUGGUCUUCGCUCGUUCUCUUCAGGGAAUCGGCUCCUCCUUUUCCUCUGUGGCAGGUUUAGGGAUGCUUGCCAGUGUGUACACAAAUGAUGAGGAGAGGGGCGUUGCCAUGGGAGUUGCUCUGGGAGGACUGGCCAUGGGAGUUCUCAUCGGAGCUCCAUUCGGCAGUGUGAUGUAUGAAUUUGUUGGGAAGAGCGCCCCCUUCCUCAUCCUCGCCUUCCUGGCGUUGUUUGAUGGAGCUUUACAACUUUGUAUUCUGCAACCAUCUAAGAUCUGCCCUGGGAGUGCGGAGGGAACCCCACUGCUAACCCUGCUGAAGGACCCUUACAUCCUCAUCAGUGCAGGCUCGCUAUGCUUUGCCAAUAUGGGAGUGGCCAUCCUCGAACCCACACUUCCUAUUUGGAUGUUGCAAACCAUGUGCUCCUCUAAAUGGCAGCUUGGCAUGGCCUUUCUUCCAGCCAGUAUUUCUUACCUGAUAGGAACCAACCUGUUUGGCGUUUUAGCCAAUAAGAUGGGGAGGUGGCUCUGCUCCAUGCUGGGAAUGUUUUUCAUUGGUAUCAGUUUGCUAUGUGUUCCAUUUGCCACUAGUAUCUACGGUCUGAUUGGUCCAAAUGCUGGUUUGGGCUUUGCUAUUGGCAUGGUAGAUUCCUCUAUGAUGGCUAUUAUGGGAUACCUGGUGGACAUUCGCCAUGCAUCGGUUUAUGGCAGUGUCUACGCCAUCGCUGACGUGGCCUUAUGUAUGGGCUAUGCCAUCGGUAAUACACACACACACACACACACACACACACACACACACACACACACACACACACACACACACACACACACACACACACACACACACACACACACACACACACACACACACACACACACACACACGCACACACACACACACACACACACACUCCCCAGAGUGAACAAAGGGCUCACCGUGUACUUAAACAUCACCGGGUAUAAACAUGCACAGAGAACCCAGUUCAAGGGACUGUUUCACCCAAAUGCUGCUGAUCACCUCCAUUGGCUGAAUGGGAUAAAGUGAGUAAAAAAAUCAGUUGUACGCUUAUUUUGUGGUGCAUUGUGGAAAGUAAUUAGUGUACAUACGAAAUUAGAUUUACUUUUACAUUAACAUCAGGGGCAUUUGGCAGACAUAAACAUUUGUCAGUAGCAGGUGGAACAAUAUAUAUCGCUGUCGAUACAGUAAGGAUGUUCAUGGAACCAAGUGCCAAGCACUAAUUAUCGCUAGGUUAACCCAUUCCCCGUAUGCAACAAAGAUAGCUAGGGUAAGAUGCUACACAAUGAUGAGUAAUGUUUUAAGAACGACACACAAUAAGUGCGUACAUUAGGAUUUCUACAUUUCUAUCUCAGACCUCAUUAUAGUGAUGUCCUAAGCACUAUAUAGGGCACAAAGGGACUUAUUGAACAUGGCCUGACAACAUACCCCCCCCCCCCACAC